AUGGCGGAUCUCAACCUCGAGGCGGUCCAUGACGAGAUGGUGACGCUGGCCUACGAGGCCGGACGCAUGAUCCUGGCGGCCAACCCGGCCAGCAUCGAUACCGGCACCAAGCUCAACUCCGUGGACAUUGUCACCGAGGUGGACCAAGCGGUCGAGAAGAUGGUCUCGACUCGCCUCUCCGCCGCCUUCCCCUCGGUUGCCUUUAUGGGUGAAGAGACGUACAAGCCCGGCACCAGGCUUGGCCCGGAGCCUACCUUUGUCGUCGAUCCCAUCGACGGCACGACCAACUUUGUCCACUCGGUGCCAAACGCUUGCACCUCGCUGGGCCUCGCCAUUGACCGCUCCCCCGUCGUUGGCGUCAUCUACAACCCGUGGCAAGAUCUCCUCUUCACGGCCAUCAAGGGCCGCGGCGCCUUCAUGACCCGCAUCAGAGGCACCGCUCCCCGGAAGCUACCGCUGGCCGAGACGCCGCGGCCGCUCGGGGGCCUCGGGACCGCGCUCCUCGGCGUCGAGUGGGGCUCCGGCCGGGACGGGCCCAACUUCGAUCUCAAGAUGGACGUCUUUCAGAAGCUGGCGAGGAGCAAGGAGACGGGGGGCGCCAUGGUGCAUUCGCUGCGGUCCAUGGGCUCCGCCGCGCUCAACAUCGCUGCCGUGGCCGCCGGCCAGCUCGACGCCUUCUGGGAAGGCGGGUGUUGGGCGUGGGAUGUGUGUGCCGGCUGGUGCAUCCUCAACGAGGCCGGUGGCAGGAUGGUGAGCGGCAACCCGGGCGGGUGGGACCCGGCGCUCGACGGGAGGGUGUAUCUCGCCGUCAGGGCGGCGCCCAAGGGCCAAGAGGAGCUGGUGCACGAGAUAUGGGACGUUAUCGGAGACCGUAAGAUGGAGUAUACGAUAUAA